CAAGAUUUUAUAGCCCAAACAUCAGGGAUGUCGAAGUCCAAGGCCAGCGCGAAGUCGGCGGCGGCUACAGCGCCGACUGCGGAAAAGUCCAUCAUCGCAGAACUAUGGUCCCAAUACAACAAGCAUUCGACGCGCAAGAUGAAGCUCAUCGAUGGCUUCCUCGCGUACGUCUUGGCAACAGGGGUGCUCCAGUUUGUGUACUGCGUCGGGUUCGGCACAUUUCCGUUCAACUCGUUCUUGUCAGGGUUCCUGUCCACCGUGGGGGUGUUUGUGUUCGCCGUGUCGCUGCGCAUGCAAAUCAACCCGCAGAACGCGAGCGCCUUUGCCGCCAACCCACGGACUCCCGAACGAGCUUUCGCCGACUUCCUUUUCUGCACCCUCGUCUUGUUCCUCGCGGUGGUCAACUUUAUGGGGUGACGACCACCAAAGACAAGACCCUCUUGUAUGUUUGUUAAUGCAAUGGCAUCAAACGUGUAUUGCAUGCAGUGUACUCCGCGGACCUUGAGGUCCAAGCGACAAAAGCUAAAGUACCCCUAAGGUAAAGUCGUGAAAAAUACUUCUAGAUAAAAAAACUAAUUUAAAAAACGAG